AAGUUUUCAGUUCAGUAUUUGGUAACAAUACUGUCAAUACUGUUACUUGGUUCAAUAUUAAUUUGUUUAAAUAAGUUUCCAAUAAUUCACAGUGCCUAUCAAUAACCAUGGAACUAUCAGCAACAUCAACAUUACCCAAAUCACCAAAUUCACCAUCAACAACAUCAUCAGCUUCAUCACCUUUAUCAUCUUUAUCACUUUCACCAUUUCCAUUAUCUUCAUCAACUUCAUCAAACUCAUCAAUCUCAUCAAUCUCAUCAAGCUCAUCUUUAUCAUUCUUCUCAUUAUACUUAUUGAUUUUGUUCUGAAUAAGUCAAGAAAUAAGUGAAAACAAAGAAAUAAGUUGACUGUGUUAUUGAAGACCAAAGAUGACUUGCUUGACCAGUAACCUGAUUAAAUGGAUUAUCUUUUUAAGUUUUUUUGUGUUCCACUGUUUGAGUAAAAAUGUUCGAACCCCGCAAACCCUUUACACGGCCGGAUUUUUUCCACUUAACUAUAAAAUACCAGAAGGAUCAAUAGGCCGAGGUGUGAUGCCAGCAGUGAACCUUGCCCUUAAACAUAUCAAUGCCGAUCCAAGCAUUCUCUCAGGUUAUACACUCGACAUUGUGCCCAAAGACACUGAGUGUGAUCCAGCAGUUGGAAUGAAGGCUUUUUUCGACAUGAUUCAUGGUGAUCCUAAAAAGCUGAUACUCUUUGGUGAUGCUUGUACUUCCGUCACUGAUCCUAUUGCUAAAGCGUCCAAAUUUUUUAAUCUUAUACAGCUUUCAUAUGCAGAUACACAUCCAAUGUAUACUUCAGAAAGUUAUCCAAAUUUUUACCGAGUUGUGCCCAGCGAAGCCGCCUUCAAUCCAGCUCGAUUAGCUCUUUUACAGCGAUUCAAUUGGACUAAAGUAGGAACGCUAUACGAGAAUCAUCCAAGAUAUAGCUUGCCUCACAGUAAAUUGCUCACAGAUUUAGAUAAAGUUAAUAUUAAAUUCAAGUUUACCCAAAGUGUUUCAGAAGACAUUCAACUUGGAAUCGAAAAGUUAAAGGCUGAAUCGGUUCGAAUAAUUUUGGGAAAUUUUGGCGAAGAUUUUGCACGAAAAAUAUUUUGCGAGGCUUUUAAACACGGACUUUAUGGACGAAAAUAUCAGUGGAUUAUUGCUGGCGUUUAUCGUGACUUUUGGUGGGAAACUGAAGAUGAAAGUUCUGAUUGUACAAAAGAAGAUUUAGUUAAGGCUCUCGAUGGUUACAUUGCAACAGAUGUGCUCACAUUGAGCAGCUCUCAAGAUGUAACUGUUUCAGGUUUGACUGCUUCACAAUAUGAAGAAGAGUAUAAUCUGAAGAGAGAUCAAGAAUAUUCGAGAUUCCAUGGUUAUGCUUAUGAUGGCAUGUGGACCAUUGCAUUUGCACUGGAAAAUGUAAUGAAAAAGUUGGCCGAAAGACAACCCGAAAUUCAUAUAGAAGACUUCGAUUAUAAAAAUAGAGGCUCCGUUUUGUGGGCCGAUAUUUUUCGUGAAGCGCUUAAUGAAACUUUUUUCACCGGAGUAACGGGUAAUGUAAGCUUCGAUGGUAAUGAAAGAAGAGGAAGUAUUUUGCUCAAACAAUUUCAAGAUGGACGAGUAGUCAAGAUUGGUGAAUAUCAUUCAACAACCGACGUACUUGAUUUAAAUGUUGGUGAACCAAUUUCAUGGCGAGGUGGAAGUGGACCUCCUGUGGAUGAAAUAAUUAAAAUAACUGUUGCUUCAAGAAUUAGCCUUACAUUGUUUAUUGUGAUAUCAGUUUUUGCCGUUAUGGGUAUAAUACUUGCCUUGGUCUUCCUUUCAAUGAACAUUAAAUAUCGUAAACAAAGAUAUAUUAAAAUGUCCAGUCCAUAUUUAAAUAAUUUAAUAAUAAUCGGAUGCAUAUUAACUUAUACCAGUGUGAUAUUAUUGGGAUUAGACAGUCGCCUUCUGAGUGAAGCCAAUUUUCCUUACAUUUGUGCUGCUCGAGCCUGGGUUUUAAUGUCUGGAUUUACACUUGCCUUUGGCUCCAUGUUUAGCAAAACAUGGAGAGUUCAUGCAAUUUUCACCAACAUUAAAUUAAAUAAAAAGGUUAUUAAAGAUUAUAAACUAUUUAUGGUUGUUGGAAUACUUGUAUUCAUUGAUGUUGCCACUUUGACCACUUGGCAAAUUGUUGACCCUUUUUACCGGGGAACUCAUCAAGGUAUCCCAAAGCCUUCCCCUGAAAAUGAAGAUGUCCAUAUUGUUCCGCAAAUGGAGUUUUGUGAUAGUAAAAAGAUGACAAUUUUUCUAGGCUCAAUCUAUGUUUAUAAAGGACUUUUAAUGGCUUUCGGAUGUUUUUUGGCCUGGGAAACUCGGCAUGUAUCCAUUCCAGCGCUCAACGAUUCCAAGUAUAUUGGAAUGUCGGUUUACAAUGUUGUCAUUAUGUGCGUUAUCGGAGCUGGACUUUCAUUUGUUUUAAAGGAACAACAAGACGCUGCCUUUGUUAUCAUUUCCAUUUUCAUCAUCUUCUGUUCAACUGCCACCCUUUGCCUAGUAUUUGUACCCAAGGUAAGACUGUUGAUUGAAUUGAAGCGUAAUCCUGACAUGGAUGAAAGGCGAUCUCGGCCAACAUUGAAACCCUUGAAGAAAUCGCGAAAAGAAUCGGAUGAAAUGGAACUUCAUCAGAGAAUCAAAGUUCUAACAGAAUUUAAUACACGUCAACGGCAAAGAUUAAAAGAGAAAACUUUUGAAUUGGAAGCUUUGAUGUUUAGACUGAGACAGUAUGGCAUUGAAAUGGGAACCACAAAUGAAGACAUUAUUAAACCCAAAGAGUUGCUCAAACCAGCUUCACUGGCAGCAAAAACAACUGCAAUUGCAUCCAUUUCAUCAAAGCAAAAUCUUUUACCUGAGAAGCAAAUUUGCCUUUUAAUAACUGAAAAGGAUUCAUCAACUUUGACAAAAAGUGAAAAAGACACUUCGUUCAUCUCAUUGACGGCUUCAAUGUCUUUGGUUGGAUCAGUCGAUGAACUUGUUGCCCGAAAGUCGCACACUUCAUGUCCAGAAUUGCCGAAAGUCGAUGAACCAAAUGGAACGAAUGGUUCGACUGGUGGUUCAGGUAACGGGGCCAAUGGUGUCACUCGUCGAAAACCGCCUCCUAUCGAGUCUAAAUUUACUUCCAUGAAGAAUAUCGAUGAUUACAAUCGAUUGCCUAAACCAUCAACUUCAUCGACACCAAGUGAUUUGGUGAAGGAAGAUUACAGUUCUCACGAGUUUUCCGAUGAUGCAGUUGCAGAUGAUGAUGCUGUCGAAGAGGAUGAAGAUGAAGAUGAUAAAUGUAAAGGUGAAGUGAAAGUAAAGGAUGAAAAGUUUCGAAGUGAGAAUGGCACCAAGUGCAAGGUACAAGAUAAAGAUAAUGAUCGAGGUAUAAUUUUAAAAGCAAAUGCUGAUGGGAUUGUACCAUGUUUACCUGUUAGCCAGUGCAAGUCAAUAAAACCAUCAACACUGGGCAACCUUAAUGGCACCAACAAUAGUAAAGUAAUUGUCUCAUUAACAUCAGCAACUUGUGGACCCAGUUUUAUAUGCGAUGAAACCUCUUAUUCAAUGGCAAUCAAGGCUUCCCUUAACGAUGCCAACAAUAAUAAUCAAGCUUAUAAUGGCUUCUGUUCAUCAUGUGAAGAAGAUGAUACAGAAAAAGGUGAUCAAACAGCAACCCUGUCUGAAGAAAGUGAUCAAUCCUUGAAGCCCGACUUUAAUCCUCGUCGAACUCAAAGCCUUUCAGCAAUAACUUAUAGACCAAAGACAAGUGGACCUGGUAGACCGGGACAGCCUAAUGUGAGCCUAGUUGACAAUGGAACCGUCAGCUUGAGCAAAGGAACCUUGCUGGUUCACCCAAUUUUCCCGUUUCUCAGUCAAAUGACUCGUAGUAAUGUCAGCCAAUCCACAUCAAAUGCCAACUCAAACUGUCAAAAUAUUGUCCCUUAUUGGCCAAUAUUUUCUUCAUAUCCAUCAAUCAAGUGCGAUAUUGUUGAAUAUUUAUAGCUGCAACUUGGGAGGAAAAAAGGAAUGGCAACAUUUAUUCAAAUGCCCAGUUAAUCUCGUUACUCAACAUUUCCAUGCUUUUCCACCAAAACUAUCUCAAUAACGGUCAACCCGCGAUAAGCAUUGCAAUCGUGGUCGAACAAAAUUUGAAUAGCGUCAUUGCCGUAAUCAUUAGGCUAUUGUGACGAGUUUUCAGGUGGAAAAAGGCACAGUGUGACUAGAAUCUAAGCUUCCAAGGUCCAAAGAAGAUUACACCUGAUUCUGAUUGUCAAUUUUCUGUCUUCAUUUUGUAUUGCAAAUCAACUCUUAAGUGUUAGAGAUUCUUGCAACUGUUUGUUUGCAGAUCAAAAGUCAACUUACAAUCAAUACCAAAUCAAUAAUGCAUUUCGAUCAGCAAACAAAGUUGACUUUCGACUUCAUUGCAAAUUUCAAACAGAAACUGACUAGAAAUUGAGUUGAAUCUAAAGAACCCUGGGAAAAUUCACAAUAAUAAUGUAAAUAAUGAAUGAUAACGAAAACGCCAAAUUAAGCUGUCGAACUUAUUGAAUGAGAAAUUUUGAAAUCUCGCAACUUGAAGAACUUUCAACAAUCAAUUUCCAUUGCGAUGUGUUUUGGCAAAGCUUACUGAAAACUGCUCACCUCUCAAGCUACAACUGACCAAGAAUAAUUUUUCGUUCUUUCUCUUCGAAUCAUUUUGGAAUGUAAUCUUUACCAUUUCAAGAGGCUUCAUUUUAAAAGGCGAUUCAAACCCUUUUUUGGCACAUUAUGACAAUCAUUCAAGACUGAAAAAUUUUUUGCGUCCAGAGUCUGAAAGAUUAUCAAUGAAAUGGUUGUAAAGUGAAUUUUAAACACUUAAAUUGCUCAACAGAAAAGGAACCAAAUCGAAUCGAUUGAAUCCUUGAGGCAAUAAUUUUUGAAUCCAAUUCAAUGUUGAAUCUACUUGCUAAUUGGUCAAAUUCAGAUUACUGAGAAUGUCAACAUGUCAAGACCAUUUGUAAAGCCAUUUCAGGGCAACAAACAUAAUCUGUGAUUUUGUACAAUUUUCAUGUAAAAUAUUUGUUAACUUAUUCGACUUUUCAUUUCAAUCAAUUUUUACAACUGUUACUCAUUGGUAUCACUGAGGUAAAUCAACUUUUACAAACCCAAACUAAUCAAAACUGAGAAAACUAAUUGAACAACAUUUCAAUGGAAACAGUUUUUUUCUUUGUUUUUCAACAAUUUGCUCAUUCUGUUUUCAAAAACAGUGCAAGUUUCAAAUGUAAUUAUAAGAUAAUUGAAUUCGCUCAUCAACACCCUUUAUCAAAUGUUCACUUUGGUUCAUCUAAAGGAAACUUUUCUUUUCCCUUCAUCCAAAAUGCAUUCUCGCAACUGACCAAACUGAUCAAAACUCGUGAACAAUCAAAUAGCCAGGAAUGUUGUAAAAUAUACCAAAACAAUACUUUUCACUUUUUAGGGAAAAAAUGUUUUCGUUUCAAAUUAACUGCCAAAAACUGUUAGGAAUAAUAAAAUUGUAUAUAAAAUGAAAUGACAAUUAACCAAUCAAAUGUGACAAUAUUGCGUAGUUGUAAUAAUUUAAAAUGUUGAACAAAAUGUAAUAUUUCGUUUUUAUAUUCAAUUCAAGCUCAAAUUGAGUUUCAAUCUCUUUCCUUUCUAUCAAUAUAAAUAAAAUGAACUUUCGA